UGACCGAUUAACCGCUUGAUUGGUUGGCCGAUUAAUCGUUUGAUUCGAAGUAUGUAUGUAUAGUAUCGAAUAUUUGACUUUUUUUCUUGUUUUACUUCUCUGCAGUCAUCUGACUGCAUCACUGACAGCUAACUGCAGCCUCUGAGAUGAAUGUCAUGCAUAAGUUUGGUUGAUUCAUCAAUUAAUCGAUCGGCCGCGGAGGUUACUGCUCUCAGUUUCCGACCUCGAUUCUCUCUCUGUCUCUCUGGCUGUGUCUCUGUCACCCUUCUGAGAUGAAGAAGCUCAGGAAGCAGACGGUGCGGACCCUCUCUUUGAUCCUGUGCAUGUUCUCCUACCUGCUGGUGGGCGCCGCCGUGUUCGACGCGCUCGAGUCGGAGUCGGAAAGCGCGCGACGGCGCGUGUCCGAGCAGCGGCGCGCGGAGCUGAAGGCGCGCUACCGCUUCACCGAUGACGACUACCGAGAGCUGGAGCGCGUGGUGCUGCGCGCGGAGCCGCAUAGGGCCGGAACGCAGUGGAAAUUCGCCGGAUCCUUUUACUUCGCCAUUACGGUCAUCACCACAAUAGGUUACGGCCAUGCAGCUCCAGGAACGGAUGCUGGGAAGAUCUUCUGCAUGUUCUACGCUAUUCUCGGGAUCCCUCUCACUCUAGUCAUGUUCCAAAGCCUGGGUGAAAGAAUGAACACAUUUGUACGCUUCCUGCUCCACCGGGGGAAAAAGUGUCUCCGUUUCCGGCUUACUAACGUGUCCAUGGAGAACAUGGUCCUCGUGGGCUUCCUGUCCUGCCUAGGGACGCUGUGUUUGGGUGCGGCGGCUUUCUCGCACUUCGAAGGCUGGACGUUCUUUCACGCCUACUACUAUUGCUUCAUCACGCUCACCACCAUCGGCUUUGGCGACUUCGUGGCUCUGCAGAAGAAAGAUGACCUCCAGGAACGGACGCCGUAUGUCGUCUUUAGCUUCGUGUACAUCCUGGUGGGCUUAACGGUGAUCGGAGCCUUUCUCAACCUCGUGGUGCUGCGGUUCCUCACCAUGAACACAGAGGAAGAACGUGAACGAGCAUCAUUAAGAAAAAAAGAACGUAACCUAGGGGCUCUGGCUGACCAGAACAGCCACAGCACUCUUUUUUUGGAAGAAGGGACGAGUUGCACUAACCUUAUCCCGUCUCCGGCGAAAGAAUGCUAUCGCCGUCCAGCUCUUCCUCGCCCUUCAAGUCCGGUUCGCCAGCGCUCACGUCUCAAUUCUCUCUGCUCUUGCUGUUAUCGCUUUGAUUUGUGCCCCAGUCUCAUUCCAUCUCGACCCGGCUGCAACAUGGAUCUGGUUUACUACAGCUCCAUUUCAUAUCGGAUCCAUGGAGGUUCCUUUACCAGGGAAAACACAGGAUUUUCAUCCCCAGGAAGCACCCUGUCUCCUGGCUACAGUUUCAGAGAACUGCCCCGCUUACGGAGGAAGUCCAUUUGAUUGUUCAGGAGCAUUAAAAGACACAAUUACAGAUUUGAAAGAUAAUUAUAUUUAUAUAUUUUUGUAGCACACACACACAAAAAAGAUAUUUCACUUAAGAGCAUAAGAUUCUCUGCGUGUCUGAAUGUUGAUAAAUAGAUCUGUGUACGUUGCAUUCGUUCAAUUUCAUAUUAAAAGCAGGAAAUGGACAAAAUA